AUGAGGUCCAACGGGCCACAUGAUGGGGCUUUAACUCCGCGAUUGAAGUCGUCUCCUCGCAGCUCGUCGCGACCGCGAGAUACGGCGACCGUUGCCUCUGACGUCAGCAGCAGGGCUUCCAGUAGCAGCAGCGCAGUCGUUAUCGACGACAGAGGCGGUUCGAGCAACAACAGCUUAAUUACUAUCGGAGACAGCGGCGACAGCUCAGUUAGCGUCACCGUCAAGACGUCAGCAGGGUUAGCCGGCGUGACACGUCAUGCCAGCGAGGCAUCGGUGGAGCUGCAGGUGCGGGAUGGAGGAAAUGACGUCAGACCCGAAAUUGACGGCGUCAGUCGCAGUGGUGACGAGGAUGGCUUGAGCGAGCGAGGGAGAGGAGAAGGGAGAGAGGGGGGGGAGGAGGACGUGCGGCCUUUGAUUGAAUUACCCGAGAGACACGGAUUAGGGUUUGGUGAGAGACACGCGGUAGGGUUGAGCGAGAGGCACGGCGGUAGCGCGUACAGCAGCGCUAGAGAGACGGACUCUGAGAUUGACGAGGCGAGCGAUGGGGGAAGGGGAAGGGCGGGGGAGCGGCGGGCAGGGAGGGUGCGGGAGAGACGAGUGGAGCGGAGCAGGUCGGGGGACGGAAUGGCGGCUAAAAACUGGCUGCCUGCCGCCGUUGGUGCUGCUAGUGGUGCUACUGCUGGUGGUUCUAUCACUGGCGGGGCUGUGACUGGUGUGGGUGGUGGCAGCAGCGGCAGCGUGAGGGCGAGUGUGGGGUGGGGAGGGGUGCGCGUGCGCGUGUGGUGCGACCCUCGCAGCCUUUGGCCCGUGGCACGCGUGUUGACGCUGCUGCUGCUCUGGUACACCUUCAGCACCGCGCUCAGCCUAUACAACAAGAUGCUGAUAGGGCAGCAGCACGGCCGCUUCCCCGCGCCACUGCUGCUCACGGCCUUCCACUUCGCGCAGCAAGCCGUCAUGGCCUCCGCGCUGCUGCACUCCGCCUUCCCCUCCGCACUCCCCCCGCUCCCCCUCUCCUCCCGCGACUACUGCCUCAGAGUGAUCCCCACAGCGGUGGCAACAGCAGUUGACAUCGCCCUCUCCAAUCAGUCACUCGCUUACAUCACACUCACCUUCUACACCAUGUGCAAGUCCAGUGCGCCCAUGUUCCUGCUGCUCUUUGCCUUCAUCUUCAGGUUGGAGCCUAUCAGCUUUCGUCUCAUCGGAGUCAUGAUGGUGAUCUCCGUGGGUGUGCUCUUCACAGUGGCGGGGGAGGCAUCGUUCCACCUGGGGGGAUUCGUACUCGUCAUGCUCUCUGCCAUGGCAUCUGGCCUGCGAUGGGUGCUCAUUCAAGUGCUGCUGCAGAAAGAUCGCCUCGGUCUCAGCAGUCCCCUGGUUUCUCUGGCAUACAUCACGCCCCCCAUGGCCGUCACCUGCGGUCUCUUCUCGCUCGCCCUGGAGCCCCUCGCCUCGCUGCCCACCUCGCCCUACUUCUCCCCGCCCUCGCACCUCGCACCCACGAUGCUUCUCCUGCUGCUGGGAGGGGUGCUCGCCUUCCUAAUGAUCAUGUCGGAGUUCUUACUCAUCCUGCACACCAGCGCCGUCACCUUCUCUGUGGCCGGCACUGUCAAGGAGGGCGCCACCAUCCUGGUGUCCCACCUGGUGUUCUCCGAUCGCUUCACGCGUGUCAACCUGGUGGGCGUGCUCAUCAUCAUGAUUGGCGUCUCACUCUUCAACCUGCACAGGCUGUCUCGUCCCCCCCGCACACACCGUGGAGGUUCAGCCCCUCUCACACCCACCACCCCCAGCGCUGCUCUCACUCCUACCUCACAUGAGCACUAA